AUGAACAUUGAAAACUUCUCAUACGACCCCUCAAAAACAACCACAACCACAACAACGUUAAAUCUUCCGAAACACAAUCCAUACUUCUCAUUUCAUCAAACAUCUCUCGAAGGAAUCGCCGCGGUUGUCGGAGAACAAAUCCUCUUCGGUUCCCACCACACCAACGCCGUUUCACAUCCCAUAACCACAACAGAACUCCCAAAAACCAACACCAUUCCGUUAAGCAAGAGCUACAGAGGAGUAAGAAAACGACCAUGGGGAAGAUGGUCAGCGGAAAUCCGCGACAGAAUCGGUCGGUGCCGUCACUGGCUAGGAACAUUCGACACGGCUGAAGAAGCGGCGCGUGCCUACGACGCAGCAGCUAGGCGACUGAGAGGCUCUAAGGCUAGGACAAACUUUAAGAUACCGUCUGUUUUGCCUAUACCGUUAUCACCAAACUCGAAUGAGUCUUGUUCUUCUUCUGAAACUAACGGUAAGAAGAAAACUGUGCGGAACAGUGUUAGGAAGUGUUGCGUUGUUAGUUCUGUUGGAGAGUUGUUCAGUGGUGUACCUGAGGUUCGAAGAGAAAGGGAUAGUAAUGGUAAUGUAGUUGAGUUUGGUGGUAGAAGCAGUACUAGAAUGGUGGCGUAG